AGCUCCCAAAGCUAGUAGCGCCAGAAAAAUACAAGGUGGAUGGUGCCAGUGCAGACAAGAACGAAAUAACUAAAUUACAAAAAUAGUCAUCGAUCGAGUAGAUUUUUGACUAUUCAUUGCUUAUGAGUGGACGGCCUGAGACUCGAGAGAAGUCAUAGUAAUCCAGGGGACUUUGGAACUGAGGAUAAGAAAAGAAAUCAUGGAGGCUAAAGAUUCAGUGAAAUACGGGAUCAUAGGUGUAGGAAUGAUGGGAAGAGAGCAUCUCAUCAAUCUCCACCAUCUUCGCAGCGAAGGUGUAGCUGUUGUUUGCAUAGCUGACCCUCAUCUUCCCUCUCAACAACUCGCCCAAGAAUUAGCGCACUCAUUUAAUUGGCCUAUAAAGGUUUUUUCAGAGCAUCAAGAGUUGUUGGACAGUGGGCUUUGCGAUGUAGUGGUUGUAUCAACGCCAAACAUGACGCAUUUCCAGAUUUUAAUGGACAUUAUCAACCACCCAAAACCCCAUCAUGUACUAGUGGAGAAGCCAUUGUGCACCACAGUUGAGCACUGCCAAAAGGUUGUAGAUGCUGCAAGGAAAAGGCCAGAUGUACUGGUACAUGUUGGACUGGAGUACAGAUACAUGCCACCUGUUGCUAAACUGAUACAGAUUGUUAAGAGUGGUUCCAUUGGACAAGUGAAGAUGGUGGCAAUCAGAGAACAUCGGUUUCCUUUCUUAGUCAAGGUAAAUAAUUGGAAUCGAUUCAAUAUCAACUCAGGGGGUACACUGGUGGAGAAGUGCUGCCACUUCUUUGAUCUAAUGAGGCUCUUUGCAGAUUCAAAUCCUGUACGUGUGAUGGCUUCUGGGGCUAUAGCUGUCAACCACAAAGAUGAGAUAUAUGAUGGAAAGGUACCAGACAUUAUUGACAAUGCAUAUGUUAUUGUUGAGUUUGAAAAUGGGUCUCGAGGAAUGCUUGACCUUUGUAUGUUUGCUGAAGGGAGCAAGAAUGAGCAAGAGAUAUCUGUUGUUGGUGACAUUGGAAAGGGGGAGGCCUUUGUUCCUGAAAGUAUUGUUCGUUAUGGUACAAGAGUGGCGGGGAGAGAUGGUGUCCAAACUGUAAAAGCUGAAGACAACCGGAUAAAAUAUGAUGGUCUGCAUCAUGGUUCUAGCUAUUUGGAACAUCUGAACUUCUUGUCAGCAAUCAGAGCUAAAGGCAUAAAAGCUCCAGCAGUUGAUUUGCAGGAUGGCUUGAUUUCAGUUGCUAUAGGAGUCGCAGCACAGCUGUCAAUUGAGAAGGGUCGAUUUGUAACAAUCGAUGAAGUCUUAGGUGAACGUAAUUGCAAAGCCUGAUGGUUUUAAAAAUAUGACAGCGGAAUUGAUCGUUCUUGUAAACCUCACUCCUUUGCUAAAUUACUCAAAUGAAAAGCUGCUGUAUACAUAAUAUAUGCCUUACCUAAUAACGAGUCUGAAGUGUGAACUGGUGGCUUGUUUUAAAAAUACUCAGCAUUUCCUUUUUCAAUCAUUUGGAGCUUGUGUUUUGCUGCA